AUUACACGCUGCAUCUUUGCAUCAGGUGUUUUCGGUUGAAUGGUGCAAUCCCGGAUCCCUGGUGUUUCUCUGGUCUAUAAAAGGAGCGGGAAACUUGGCCCGGCACAAGGGAGUCUCGUCCUACUGCGAAGAGUCACCCGGUGCCUGUCAAGAACGCGAUGGGAGAGAGGGAGGAGAAGACCGAGGUGAAUGAGAUCUCGCAGAGACAAGUCUCCAUUGCUAACGGAGGCCCGGCUCACGUGCACGCCGUUGGUCGUCGGGGGAGCCGAGCCCGAGGCAGCACCGCCAAGCCGUCAGGAUCUGAGAUGACGUUUUCGGACGUCUGUGUGGACGCUGGGGGCAAGAGGAUUCUCUGGAGCGUGUCCGGAAAAGCUGUACCCGGACAGAUGUUGGCCAUCAUGGGUCCCAGUGGUGCCGGCAAGACGACGCUGCUGAAUGCGCUGGCAGGCCAAACCCCCAUAUCAAGCGGGCGGGUCCUGGUCGACUCUCGGAGGAUGAGCAAGAAGAUGAAGAGACAAGUCAGCUACGUCCAGCAGGCAGACAUCUUCUUCCCCAACCUCACACUGAGGGAGACACUUCGAUACUCUGCCCUAAUUCGACUCCCGUCUGAGCUAUCAAUUCGUCAGAAACUCAACAAAGUCGAGGAAAUCAUCACGACACUUCGUCUCCAUGACUGCGCCACCACACGUAUGGGUGACGCGGCAGUGCGAGGGCUGUCUGGAGGAGAGAAGAAGAGAGCCAACAUUGGCUGUGAACUCCUCACCAGUCCCUCCCUCAUCCUGCUCGACGAGCCUACGUCUGGACUGGACUCCACCUCUGCUCUCAGUCUGUUGGAGCUCCUGCGGAGCCAGCUGGCCUCCCAACAGAACAAGACCAUCGUCAUGUCCAUACACCAGCCCUCCUCGCAGAUGUACUACAUGUUUGACAAACUUCUGCUGCUAGCAAAAGGCAAAACUGCCUACUUUGGACCCGUCAGACAAGCCAUGUCAUUCUUCUCCAGUGUUGGCCUCCACUGUGACCUUCAGUACAAUCCCGCCGACUAUAUGAUGGAUCUGGUAACCAAUGACGACAGUCGGAAGAUUUUGAUUGGAGAAGAUCCAAAGCAAGAAACUAGGCCAAAGAAAUUGUCGGCAUGGCAACGUGCUCUUCAGUGGGUGCGGCUAAGCCGAGGAGAGAGGGAGGGGAAGGGAGAAGAGGGGGAGGUAGGGGAGGGGAGGACGAGAGGGAAUGGAAACAUCGAGAUUUUGGAAUACGACAACAGUCCAAGCUUGACGUCGUUUCGUGCAGUGUCUGCCGUUAACCCUAUAGCCACUAGCGAGGAAUCCUCUCCCGAUGACAUCACGAAAGAGGUGGGGCCUGUAACCAUGGAUGACGACGGCAGUGAGACAUCAGACGAAGACUCACUAGUGCGAGAGAGAAAAUGGCCGACGUCAUGGUGGUGGCAGGUCUGCGUGCUCACCGUCCGCACAUUCCGACAGUCCCGUUUCGCAAUCCUGUCUCCGUCCAACAUAUUCCUGGCCGUGGCACUCUCUGUUGUCGCCUCCCUCUGCUGGUUUCAGCUCCCGGAGACGGAGAAAGGGCUGACGGAGCGUUUCGGAAUUCUCUUCUUCACAAUCAUAUUCUGGAGUUUCAAUCCUCUCUUCAUCGCCCUCACCACUUUUCCGUCAGAGAGGGUGGUGGUGAACAAGGAGAGGUCCAGCGGGUCCUACCACUUGUCUGCCUACUACUUCGCCAAGACCAUCAGCGAAAUGCCCCUCAUCCUCUUCCUCCCGUCAAUCUACAUGGUCAUCGUGUACUGGGCCGCAGGGCUCAACGGUUGGAGUAGCUUCUUUGGCUCCUGGUUCUUCAUACUCUGCAGUGGAUUCAUGGCUCAGAGCCUGGGACUGUUCAUCAGUGCCACGGUGACCAACCGCUCCACAGCCAUCACCAUGGCCGCCCUCUGUGUCCUCACCUCCAUGCUGCUGGGAGGAUUCUAUGUCCGGGCCCUCCCGUUCUGGCUUGACUGGGCCAAAAACUUUUCCUUUGUAACCUACGGCUACGACGCUCUCCUCCAGCUGGAGUUCACAGACGACCGAAGAUUCACUUGUAAUGAAGUUGCAUCCAGUUACCCGUCCUGCAAUGCCACCACCGUACUGGCUGGUUACCAUGGCAGCGGGAGUGGUGGUUCCCCCGGUGACGGCGGGGUAAUUACAGGGGCAGAUGUAAUCAGAGAGUACGGUGGAGUGUAUCCUCUCUACGUCUGUUUCCUAGCGAUGCUGGGAUUCUCUGUUCUCUACAGACUGUUGGCCUACCUCUCACUACGACAUCUACACAGACACGCCCACUAAUAUAUAGGUCACAUGACUUUUAUAUCACACUGGUGUUUGUCACAUGAUCAGCUAUUUAUAGUGACACUGUAAUGCCAUGAUCUAUUUAUAGCAACACACUUAACACUGAGGUCAGGUGAGGCAGUAUUGGAGAGCCUGAGGUGACCCCGCCUCCAACAGACGUCCUCCGGAGGUCAUAAGGUCAACAAUGUAGUGACGUGGGUUGUCGGUUACCAUGGUAACCUCAUUCCAGUGUCGGCCGUAGUCGCCGCGAGUGAGAGAGCAGGCCACACCCAGCUGGUCGGACAAGAUCUGCAAUGAAGAAGUGAAGAAGACAGACUACAUCGCAGAAUCUCUUUUGCAACUCUACCUUGUAGAGAAGGGCUCGGUGACGUUCCGACUGUGGGAGUUCAAAGGGCAUGUUUCCAGAGGCAGUCACUGGACCUCCCAUACUAUUGCAGACAUAACUGUGUGAGGGAGCGACGAAAAUAAAAUGAAAAGCACUAAAGUGCAAACCCUCGGCACACUCUAUAGAAAUGUGGAACCCAUACACAAGUGUGGCACCACCACAAUUGAUGGUCUUGACCAUGCAUCAAAAAGAACAGCAUGUUAUGCACCAUUUCCAAAAAAAAUAUAUAAGGUUGAAAAAUUGCCAACCUUUCAUCUCUCUACUAAUUUUCGUAUUACCCGUGGAUUGUUUAGUGCAAAAAAAAAAUUUUAACCCAAGGUUGAAAAAAAAAAGGCCAGCCCUUCAUCUCUCCAGACAGACGUCUACACACACAGACAAACCCAACUACAGUAACCCUCGCUGCGCAUGCGCGCCGAGGGUUAACUACUGUC